ACGGCAUCCAUGCGAAGCGCUUCGUCUCUGACAGGUUGUGGUCGGUCGUCACCUGAGAUGCACUUUGAGAAAUGACUUCACUAUCGCUACAUAUAGUAACGAUACUGACUGUAAUUCAUCUCUGAGGAAUUGGAAAUAAAAUAAACCAGCUUUGAAAGUUAAAAAAUGGACCCGCCGCUCGCUGACCCACAGCAGCCAGAUGAGAGCAACCCGAGUGAAUCUGCGGAUCCUCCGUCGAGAAUGUCAAGACAGCAGAUCCUCACCGUCAUAUCAAUGGCAUCUGUCAACUUCAGCUCGAUGAUAUGCUACUCCAUAUUAGGCCCUUUUUUCCCUAACGAGGCGGUGAAGAAAGGGGCCAGCCAGGCCACCGUUGGUCUCAUAUUUGGCUGCUAUGCCAUUUGCAACUUAAUUGGUUCAUUGGUAUUGGGGAAAUAUAUUGUCCAGAUUGGCGCAAAGUUCAUGCUUGUUUCUGGGCUGUUUGUGUCAUCCUGCUGCACCAUUCUCUUUGGAUUACUUGAUCGGGCUCCAGCAGGAGCCAGUUUUAUUACUCUCUGUUUUAUAAUAAGGUCUGUAGACGCUCUGGGCUUUGCUGCUGCAAUGACAUCCUCUUUUGCUGUGUCAGCAAAAGUAUUCCCAAACAAUAUAGCAACUGUUUUGGGUAGUUUGGAAAUUUUUACAGGACUGGGUCUUAUUCUGGGGCCACCAAUUGGAGGAUGGUUCUACCAGUCAUUUGGAUAUGAAGUGCCUUUUCUGCUUCUUGGAUGUGUUUUAAUGUGCAUGGUUCCUUUCAACAUUUACAUCUUGCCAACCUUUGAUGCCAGUCCGUCCAAGGAUUCAUUCUUCCGACUGUUCAGUCAUGUUAAAAUAGUCCUGAUCUGCUUCUUGAUGUUUAAUCUCAGUGCAGGACUGGGCUUCCUGGAUGCCACCUUGUCUAUAUUUGCCGUUAAGACGUUUAGUUUAUCCACUGGCUAUGUAGGACUCAUCAUGGUUGGUUUGUCGUUACCUUAUUGCCUGGCAUCACCACUUCUUGGGUUCAUCACUGAUAAAUUUCCUGCCACCAGGAGUUGGUUCAUGGUGUUAGGAGGCAUCGCCACCGCAGUUGGCUUCUGUCUGCUUGGUCCCAUGCCUGUUCUUCACAUCCCGAGUCGGCUAUGGUUGUUGGUCUUCAUGCUUGGCGUAAUUGGGUUUUCUCUGGGCAUGACUGCAAUUCCUAUAUUCCCAGAGAUCCUCACAUGUGCAUAUGAUCACGGAUUUGAGGAGGGACUAAGCACUCUUGGAAUGGUGUCUGGGUUGUUUGGGGCAGUUUGGUCUAUGGGGAUGUUUUAUGGCCCAAUCAUGGGUGGUCUUAUCACACAACAUCUGAACUUCCAGUGGGCAGCUGCAAUCCAAGGAGGCUUGGGCUGUGUUGCUGCCCUUCUUCUUGGUGUGUAUUAUCUCUGUCAAAGACCCCAACAACAAAGAGUUGUCCAGGAAAAUGGGAUUAGACCUUCAGAUGAAAGGACUCCCCUUCUGGAUGGAUGAAAUAUCGUCUAAGCAGCAAUGUGGGCAGAUGCCAUACUGAAUGCAGCUUAAAAUUUUAAUGUUUCAGAGCUAGCUGUGGUCAUCAGCCAGCAAGUUAGCACGAGACAAAAUGUUACGACAAAAUGUAAAAACAAAACAUCUCUUUUAUAAUUAACUCAUUGUAAACUUAUAAAAUAUAGGUUCUAACUUAUUGUGUUACGGGGACUGAAAUGAUUUUUACUGUGGUCAUGAAUAGAUUCUAUUGUUAUCUUGUGUCAGAAUGUAAUUUUGAAUACGCACACUGAUUUGUAAUAUUUUAACUUUAUCAAUCACAGUAAUAUAAUGAAACAGUACAACUGUGUUGUUGGCUUCCACUUGAUACAUUAGAUAAUCUGAGGAAUCAGUUAUCUGUUGCUACCGUCCUGGAGCUUCUUAGUAGCACUUUUUAACUGCAUUAAUGAAUGCUAAGUGAAUGACUACAGUCAAACAUUGGAAGUCACAGGGCGUUCACAUCCCACAUCACAAACUAAUCUCCCUGUUGUUCUGCAGGGCUGUUGUGUUCGUGGUUUUCAUUUUCUACAUCACAUGACUUGAAUUUCAUAUUUAAGCAGUACACAUAAAGAGCUACUAACCAGCUUCAUGCUAAUGGGAAAUAUAAUUACCAUGUGCCAUGACAUUGACUGUGAAGAUACACAGCCCUUAAUACCAAAUAUAGAACGGACUUCAAGUGACAAAUAAUUUAUCCCAUCAUGCCACAUUAGCCUACAGCUAUUGAUGUGGUUCCAGUGCAUUAGGCACCUUGUGCCUUGUCUUCUUCUUACUGAGCUGCUUGAAGAGUUUGCUCUAGGAAUCUUCAAGUUUUACACUGAUUUGAAUUACAGUAGUAAAUAACUGAAUUACAUUAAGUUUCAUGUGUGAUUACUUCAUCUGUCCCUCUUUGUGUGCAUGAACUGACUUAACGUACUGUAUACUGUUCAUAAAUGAAAAUGUAUGACUGUUACCCAAUUGCCAUUUUUUAUUUAAAAGGGUAACAUUAUUUCUCUGUCUUUAUUAUCAAAUAUAUACGCAGCAGUGUGUUUUUUCCUUAAAAAUAUAGUCUUGAUUUCAAAUGAGUCAAUCACAUACCUAUGGUAAAUCCUAAAAUCCUCUGGGUACAGAAGUCAGACAAUUCUAAAGUUAUUUUACAUACCAGAAAGUCACAUAUUAAAUGAUUAUAUGCUACUUUUUACCCAUGGGUUAGUGUACACCAG